AUGAUCCCUACUACUAUAGUUGCAAAAUCCUUGUCUUCCUCAGAUAAUAAAGGAUUCAAAAAAUCAUCACUUUCAUCCAAGAAGGCACCUUAUUAUUAUAACACACGAAACUCACGAUCUUUCCAAAAUAUUUUUGAAAACCCCGAAUGUCCCCCUCCUCCACCCGAAAAAGAAUGUCCCCCUUGUUUUAAUUGUUUACUUCCAGCUUUUUCUUGUUUAAAUUUUGCUAACUGUAGCGCAUUUGACGCAAAAUGUCAAUGUCCACCUGGAUUUGGUGGAGACGAUUGUUCUUUACCAGUAUGUAAUUCAUUGUCGGAAGGUCCAAAUCGACAUAUUCGUCCUGACAAUCAAACAUGUGAAUGUAGUGAAGGAUGGGAAGGAAUUAAUUGCAAUGUAUGUAAAACGGAUUCAUCUUGUGAUCCGAUGGUAGCCACUGGAACGGGUGGUGUUUGUUAUAAAGGUGGAUUAACUGUCAAAGAGAAUUUUCAAAUGUGUGAUGUGACGAAUAGAAAGAUUUUGGAUAUGCUUCCCGAUCAACCUCCUCAGGUCACAUUUUCUUGUAAUCGUCCAGACGAAACUUUCUGGAUUAAUCAAACUGAAUCAUUUUACUGUCAUUUAAGUGAAUGUUCUUUUGAUAAAGAAAUUACUAAUAAUUUAAAUAUUACAAAAUAUACGUGUGAAAAUAUUAAAUGUAAAUGUAUGGAAGGAGAAAUGUUAUGUGGAAAAGGUGGAAAUCUUUCUGAGUGGUUGGUUGAAGAAAUUAAAGGUCCUGGAACAUUCAUAUGUAAGAAUCCUGAUGAUUGUAGAUUUUCUGAACCUGCCAUGAAUGGUUUAAUAAUGGCAAUUUUUGGAGAUGAGAAUAUUUUCUUAAAUUGUUAUAGUGGAGAAUGUUUACAUUAUAGUGAAGUACCUGGAUUCGAGAGGCCACCUAAACCAGAUAAUACAAAUAUGAUAAUUGUAUCAAUUUUAGCAGUUCUGACAUUUGUCGCAGGAAUUUUUGCAGCAACAUUUUAUUUAUCUCAUAAUUGGAAAACUACUUCAUCUUAUGGACAAAUUCAACUUACCGAUAAUAAUGAAUCCGCCAAACUUAUGACGGAUCAUAUUCCGGCUUCAUUGUUAUUUCAAGAUGUUAGUUAUUGGGUGGGUGAUAAAAAACAAGUUCUUAAUUCGAUACAUGGAGUUGUUAAACCUGGUGAACUAAUGGCAAUCAUGGGUGGUUCCGGUGCGGGUAAAACUACUUUCUUGGAUAUUUUGGCUAGAAAAAAUAAAGCCGGUACAAUUAGUGGUGAAAUCUAUGUUAAUGGAAGAAUUGUUGGUGAUGAUGAAUUUAAAAGAGUGGUGGGGUAUGUUGAUCAGGAAGAUCACCUUCUCUCAACUUUGACAGUUUAUGAAACGAUUUUAUAUUCUGCACUUUUAAGAUUACCUCGAGAAAUGUCUUUCAUAGCUAAAAGGCUUAGAGUAAUAGAUACAAUGAGAGAAUUAGGAAUUUUAGGAAUAAAAGAUUCACGAAUUGGAGAUGCUGGGGCACGAUCAAUUUCAGGAGGAGAAAAACGUCGAGUGUCAAUUGCUUGUGAAUUGGUUACUUCACCUUCAAUCCUUUUCUUGGAUGAACCAACAUCCGGAUUAGAUGCUUACAAUGCGUGUAACGUGAUCGAAUGUCUCGUUACAUUGGCAAAAAAUUAUAAUCGAACAGUGAUUUGUACAAUUCAUCAACCGAGAAGUAAUAUUUUCGCUUUAUUUGAUCAAUUGGUUUUAUUGGCUAAUGGAUAUAUGGUUUAUUCUGGUCCCGCGAAUAAAUGUCAAUCACAUUUUGAAAAUAUUGGUCAUAGUUGUCCUCCUGGUUUUAAUAUUGCUGAUUUCCUUGAACAUAAUAAUCGAGAGAUUGAUAUUGAUAUGAACAAUGAUGGAUUUGAUGAUGAUACAAGUGAACAUUUACGUAAUUUGGUUAGUUCUUACCGAAGGAGUUUGAUUUCUCUUGAAAUUAAAGAUGAAAUUGAUCGAGCAGUAAAUAAUACCCAUCAACGUGCAUCUUGGCUUACGCAAUUCCGUAUUCUGUCGGAUCGAACAUUCAAGAAUCUAUAUAGGAAUCCAAUGUUAAUGUUAACACAUUAUUGUAUUAGUGUUUAUUUAGCUCUUUUAUGCGGUGCAUUAUUUUAUAAAGUUACAAAUGAUAUCGCUGGUUUCCAAAAUCGAAUGGGUGUAUUAUUUUUCAUGUGCGCAUUAUUUGGAUUUGGAUGCCUGAGUUCAUUACACGUGUUUGCUGCUGAACGAAUUAUAUUUGUUAAGGAACGUGCUAAUGGAUAUUAUUCUCCUAUUACUUAUUUUUCAUCCAAGGUUUUGGUUCCACCUAUUCUUAUGGGUGUCAUUAUUUAUCAUAUGGUCGGCUUGGUUAAUGGAGUACCGGAAUUUUUCAAAUUUUUAUUGGUUUUAAUUUUAUUCAAUUUAACAGCUGCCAGUAUUUGUUUAUGUAUUGGUAUACUUUUUAAAGAAGUUAGUGUCGCAAGUUUAUUGAGUAGUUUGAUUAUGUUGUUUAGUAUGUUAUUCGAUUAUUUGGCAUGGUUGAAAGAUUUAUCAUUUUUCAAUUAUGCUUUUGAAGCAAUGAUUGUUAAUGAAGUAGUUUAUCUUCAAUUAACUGAAGAAAAAUAUGGAUUGAAAAUUGAUGUUCCUGGUGCAACUAUUUUAUCAACAUUCGGUUUUGACGCAUCAGCUUAUUGGUCAGAUGUCUUUAAAUUAACAAUGAUGUUCAGUAUUUUUAUUAUACUUUCAUUCACCAGUUUACAACUUUUAGUGAAAGAAAGACGUUAA